GCCGCCCUGGCCGCGCUCCUGGCCCUGCGAGGCAUGGUGUGUCCUCUGGAGGUAUCAGUCAGUUCAGGGAGUAUUCAAGUUGCCCGAGGCCAGACAGCAGUAUUGCCCUGCACCUUCACCACUAAUGCUGCUCUCACUAACCUUAAUGUCAUAUGGAUGGUCACUCCUCUUUCUAACGCCAACCAGCCUGAACAGGUUAUUCUCUACCAAGGAGGUCAGAUCUUUGGUGGUGCACCCCAAUUCUAUGGGCGAGUGGGGUUUGCUGUGACAAUGCCAACCACCAGUGCCUCCAUCUUCAUCAACAACACCCAGCUAUCAGACACUGGCACAUACCAGUGUUUGGUCAACAAUCUACCUGAUAGAGGCAGCAGGAAUAUUGGAGUCAUCGGACUCACUGUCUUGGUUCCUCCUUCCGCCCCACUUUGCAGAAUCCAAGGGUCCUUGGAAGUGGGCAGCGAUAUCACACUGACCUGCAGCUCGGAAGAAGGCAUCCCCCGGCCAACAUACCUCUGGGAGAAACUGGACAAUGUUCCCAAGUUGCCCCCAACUGCCACACAAGACCAAGUCCAGGGCACUGUCACUCUCCGAAAUAUCAGCACUGUGUCCUCAGGUCUUUACCAAUGUGUGGCUUCAAAUGCCAUUGGAACCAGCACUUGCCUUCUGGACCUGCAAGUCGUUGCACCCCACCCCUGGAGCAUCAGCCUCGUUGCUGGAGCAGUGGCCACAGGUGCUGUUGUGCUUAUUGUCUGCAUUGUGUUGGUGGCCAUAGCACUGUUCUACUGGAAAAAUAAACACAAAGAAGAAGAAGAAGAGGAGAUUCCCAAUGAGAUAAGGGAGGAUGACCUGCCACCCAAAUGCUCCUCCACCACCAAGACAUUCCACGCUGAUGCGUCCUCAUCGGAGAACGACACCCUCACGUCCUCCAACACCUACAACAGUCGCUAUUGGAAUGAUCCCAAGGCCAAUCACGCCACAGACUCCUUCACCCGCUUCAGCAACAGUAAUGAUGCCCGCCAGCCACCCUUCUCCCGCUCGGGGAGCACAAGCGCUCGGCCUGUCUAUGCCAAUGGUGGCCACCCCUCCCCAGCUGCCCCUAAGACGCUGGUGGUGACAGCCAGCACAGCACCAUCCCCACAGGAGGUGGCCCGGAGCAACGGCUCAGUCAGCAGGAAGCCUCGGCUUCCGCACACCCGCUCCUAUGCUGUCAGCCAGGCCACACUGGAGCGGAUUGGGGCUGUUCCUGUCAUGGUGCCCGCCCAGAGCCGGGCUGGCUCACUUGUGUAGGGGCACGCUGGUAGCUGAGAGCUGAGCAAGGGCCUUGCGUUCCAGGGGAGCGAAGACAUG